AAAAGACAAUGACAAACGUGUCAUACGUUUCAUAAAGAAUUGCACAAUUCACGUAUAAAGCGGAAGAGAAUAAUUCACGAUACGUCGUGUGUCACUGUAAACAUCCACUGAACUCAAACUCUUUUCAAAGAUAAAUUGACAAGUUAAUUAGCGCAGCUCCAUGUUUUCCUGUUGAUUUCGUCUAUAUAUUUGGCCGAAUGAAACACGGUUUCAAUAAUCUCAUUGAGAUGUCGUUCCGGGAAUCAACAAAUGGACGCGCAUUUUCAAAAAGUAUUGAGAACAUGCAGGAGUCGUUACGCUGGUUCGAACUCGGAUAACGGGGAGGAUUCCAUGUCCAUGGACGAGUCCAGCAGUUCAGACAGCAAUUCCGGUUCCGAGGAAAAUGUGUACGAAAAAAAUUUCUAUUAUAAGAAGGAUGACAAUAGAUCCUACAAUCAGUCGAUGAACAACCAGAGAGACGGCAGGAAUGCUGAUAAGAAUGGCAAUACAAAUACUCGUUCGUCCGAUCAUUCAAUCAAUGGAAAUGUCAGAGAUUCACAAAAUAUGAGAAACAAUCAUAAAACCAACGAUCGCGACUCUUGGAAUUCGCGAGACACGCGUAUAAACAACGGGAAUACUCGGUUCAACAAUAGUGCAGACCGGGAGCAAGGAUGCGUCGUGCAAUGUUUCUUCAGUGAGUUACACGCUGUGGACCAGAAGGGAUUCCCGGAUAAAGAUUUAGUGAUCCCGUUGAUGAGCCAAAAUAUUCAAGACCCAGAGUUGAAAGAUUUCAUCGAAGGAUCGAUCAGCGAAUGUUUCCGAUAUAUGGAAUUUAAAAAACAAGAAAAGUGCGAAUUCUCGCAGAGUCUGUUGACUUGCUUAGCUGAGAAGGGGCAACAGAAUUGCGAAGAUUGGGAAAAUUAAAUUCGUAAUUAAAAC